AGCUCAUGCGGCACUGAAGCAGGCAGAGUUUUCUUGAUCAGCAGGAGGCACAAGAGAAGCUCUGAUUAGCUGACAGGCGCACGAUUGCUAAAAAAGAUCAGCCUUGACAGCAUGGAGCCAAGCCUAUCAACCCCGAUGACCGCGGUCCGGAUCGGGGUCGACGUCGGGGGAACGAAUACCGACGCCGUGGUACUGGACCCUUCGCAACAGGGUACCCCGGCGCGUGGCGUGCUUGCCUCCCACAAAGCCCCAACAACAUCCGACGCCACCACCGGCAUCGAGGCAGCCAUCCGCGCCGUUCUGACCGCCUCGCAAGUCGAUCGCCGCCGCAUCUCCUCCGUGACCGUCGGCACCACCGCCUUCCUCAACUCCGUCAUCGAGCGCGACCCGCGCCGCCUCAGCCGCGUCGCCGUCCUGCGCCUUUCCAAGAGCUUCCUCCGCGACGUCCGCCCCUUCAGCGACUGGCCGCCGGACCUGGCCGCCGCCAUCAGCGGUUACGUCGGGUACGCGGAUGGAGGCCUACACAUCGAUGGCUCCGAGGAGGCGCCCAUCGUCGAGGAGCAGGUCGUGCAACGCUGUCGGGAGAUCCGCGACAGGGGCCUGAACACAGUCGUCGUGGCGGGAGUGUACUCGCCCAUCGACCGCAAGUUCCGGCAGGAGGAUAGGGUGCGGGAUAUCGUGGCGCGCGAGAUUCCCGGCGCGGAUAUCGUCUGCUCCCACGAGGUCGCGAACAUUGGUUUCCUGGAGCGGGAGAACGCGGCCAUUCUCAACGCCGCUAUCCUCCGGUUUGCGAGGCAGACCAUACGCGGGUUCCAGGACGCUAUGGCUAGGCUGGACCUGGCUGGCUGCCCGCUGUAUCUGACGCAGAAUGACGGGACUGUGCUCGACGCGAAGGCCGCGGCGAGGGUGCCGAUCCGCACCUUCUCCUCGGGCGUGACCAACUCGAUGCGCGGCGCCGCCUAUCUCGCUGGUCGUCUGUCUGGGGGGGAAGGCGGCGAGUCGGCCAUCGUCGUGGAUAUGGGAGGCACGACCACCGAUGUCGGGGUCAUGCUCCCGUCGGGCCUUCCAAGGCAGGCUUCGGCUUAUGUUUCGGUCGCUGGUGUCAAGGUUAACUACUCCCUGCCCCAUCUCCACUCUAUCGGGCUGGGCGGCGGCUCCAUCAUCGCCCGGGAAGACGAAGGAGCCAAGGUCUCGGUUGGCCCAGCUUCGGUAGGGCAUGAUCUACAUCGGUCCCUCGUGUUCGGCGGUGCUACCACAACAGCCACCGACGUCGCCGUUGCGGCUGGCCUAGCCAAGGUCGGGAGUUCCCCCGAAGCCGUCAAGGGCCUCGACAGCAAGCUCGUCAGCAGUGUCCUGCUUCGGGUCAAGGCGAUGCUGGAGCAUGCCAUCGACACGGUGAAGACCUCGCCAGAGCCCAUGCCCGUGUUCCUGACCGGCGGCGGCUCCGUGUUGGCCCCGGAAUCGAUCCUCGGCGCCUCGGUCCUCGUCAAGCCGCCGUUCCACGACGUGGCUAAUGCCGUUGGCGCUGCGUGUUCAAAGGUCGGUGGGACGAUCGAUAUCAUCCAGGACACGUCGCAGCAGAGCAUGGCUGAGGCCACCGAGGAGGCUAAACGCAUGGCGAUCGAGAAGGCGGUGGCGUCGGGGGCGGUGAGGGAGGGCGUCUAUGUGGCCAAGGUGGAUGUCAUGCCGAUACCCUACCUUGAAAACCAGAUCCGGUCUGUUGUCACGGCGAUAGGGGAGCUUGAUAUGGAUGCACGGCCCCCGCCGGUGAUCAUGGACGAUUUCCAAGAGGGAGAAGAGGUGGUGGCUGGUGGUAGUGAACCCCGUGCACCGGAGCAGACGAUGCAACCGACAUACGAAAUCCUCCGAGUAGAUCACGAGACGUACCGACCCAAUGUCGUAGUAAAUACGACUACGGGGUUGGCAGAGUGGCAUCUCAGCAAGACCGAUCUGGAGUACAUCGCCGACGGCUGCUACCUCCUGGGGUGCGGAGGAGGCGGCAACCCAGAGGCAGGCAAGCUGCAGCUCCGCGACAUGGUCGACGCAGGCCACGUAAUCCGCGUCGUGGACGCCUCCUCGCUGCCAGACGACGGGGUUGUCUACUGGGGCGGCCGAAUGGGUUCACCGGCAGCGAUAUCCGAGCGCCUCCAAGCCCACGAGACCGUCCUCGCAAUCCGCACGCUGAUGUCGCACCUCGGCCACGACACCUUUGAUGCCGUCAUGGCCCUCGAGAUCGGUGGCUCCAACGGCAUGGAGCCCUUUUUGUGGGGGUCAUCGCGCUUCUUCGACCGCCCCGUCAUCGACGGCGACUUCAUGGGCCGCGCCAACCCAAUGUGCUGGCAGACAACCCUGACCGUCCACCGCCCGGGCGAGUUCGUCCCCUGCGCCAUCGACUCCGGCGCCGGCCAUGCCAUGGUCAUGACGCGCUCGCCCCGCGACGAGGCCGUCGAUAAACCCCUGCGCGGCGCCAUCGUCGAGAUGGGCUCGCUGGUCGGCUUGGCGCCGAGGCCGACCACGGCGGGCGCGGCGAAGCGCCAUGGUGUCCUGGGGAGCGUGUCGCAGUCAUGGCGGAUCGGAAGGGCCAUGGCGCGGGCCGAGGCGCGCAAUAGCACGGCCUCGACGGCUGAGGCUAUCGUCGGAGAGGUGGGCGGCGCUGGCAGCGCAAGGGUGCUUUUCCGCGGUAAGAUCAGCGCCAUAGAGCGUACACUGCACAAAGGCCUGUCGGUCGGCGUGUUGCAUGUCGCUGAGAUGCCGGCGUCUGAGUCUGGCGAGGAACUCCUCCUCCCUGCCGUGGCUAGCGGCGGGUCCCUGCGUAUCCCGUUUAUCAACGAAAAUAUCCUCGCCGAACACGUUGCCGCCGACGGGACGAAGCGCGUUCUCGCCACGGUGCCGGACCUCAUCGCCCUGAUCGACACGGAGACUGGCCGGGCUGUGGGCGUGCCCGAGUAUAGGUACGGGUGCCACGUCGUGGUGCUGGGCAUCACCUGCUCGCCGCGGUGGACCGAGACUGCCCGUGGUAUUGAAGUUGGUGGUCCCAAGGGAUACGGAUAUGACCUGGAGUACACGCCGUUGGGCGAAUAUGUCAAGCCUCGCAGUGUAAUAGAUGAGUUUCUGGAAGUGGAGAGGAAUUAG